UUCUUGGUAAAUUUCCAUAAUUUUUGAUUGUUCAACGUGUCGUGUCCCUCUGCCGGCAGCCACGGGAACAGCGCGAUUUAAAUCCGCAAACCGUCAACGGCUGUUUUGUAUGUUGCGCUCAUAACAGUCGCUGUAAAGACGCUGCGCAACAUUAGCGAGAGAGGAAAAAACGCGGCGAGGAUAUCGCGAGUGUCGGAAAUCGUCGUCGGGUCGUGACAUUUUACAGUGCGAUCGCGAUAAAAACGAACUGCCAGGAUGAACGAUACGCGCUCCAAAAAGGACAAGAACCAGCACAUCCAGGUCUUCGUUCGCGUUAGACCAGCGAAUAAUGCUGAAAAAACAAGUAAGUCACCAGUGGUUGUGGACGUGCCUUCUAAUAAAGACAUCGUUGUACGAGAAAGACCACAAGACAAACUUACAAAGAAAUUCACAUUUGACAAAGUAUUCGGACCACUUUCUAAACAGAUCGAUGUUUACAAUGCAGUUGUUAGUCCACUUUUGGAAGAAGUUUUGGCAGGAUAUAACUGUACCGUAUUUGCAUACGGGCAAACCGGUACAGGAAAGACUUUUACAAUGGAAGGAGCCUGCAAUGAUCCCACAUUACAUUGGCAAGCUGAUUCUCCAGCUGGAAUCAUUCCGAGAGCUCUGAGUCACUUAUUUGACGAGCUGAGGACACUAGGUGCUCAAGAAUAUUCAGUACGUGUCAGUUUUCUAGAAUUGUAUAAUGAAGAACUUUUUGAUCUUCUUUCACCUAAUGACGAUGCAUCUAAAAUUAGAAUCUAUGAGGAUGCAUCUAGAAAGGGAGCAAUCAUCAUUCAUGGUCUGGAGGAAGUUACAGUUCACAACAAAAGUGAGGUAUACAAAAUUCUUGAAAAGGGUUCAGAAAAACGUCAAACUGCCGCUACAUUAAUGAAUGCACAUUCAAGUCGAUCCCACACAGUAUUUUCAAUAACUGUACACAUAAAGGAAAACACAGUCGAUGGAGAGGAGUUGUUGAAAACGGGUAAACUAAACUUAGUUGAUUUAGCUGGUAGUGAAAAUGUAGGAAGAUCAGGUGCUGUUGAUAGACGAGCAAGAGAGGCUGGUAACAUUAAUCAGUCGUUGUUAACUCUUGGAAGAGUUAUUACUGCUUUAGUAGAGCGAGCGCCUCAUAUACCAUAUCGUGAAUCCAAAUUGACGAGGCUACUGCAAGAAUCGCUUGGUGGAAGGACGAAAACUUCUAUUAUAGCUACUAUUUCCCCUGCCAACAUGAACAUAGAAGAAACGCUUUCUACCUUAGAUUAUGCACAUCGCGCAAAAAAUAUAACGAAUCGACCAGAAAUUAAUCAAAAGCUAUCCAAAAAAGCUUUACUUAAAGAAUAUACUGAAGAAAUUGAAAGGCUACGCCGCGAUUUAUUGGCUACACGUGAACGUAAUGGCGUUUAUUUAGCUCAAGAAAGCUAUAAUGACAUGCAAUCAACAAUAGAAGUUCAAAGUAAAGAAAUUGAAGAGAAAAUUAAUCAUAUCAAAGCUUUGGAAGAAACCAUGCAGAAUAAAGAGAAAUUGUUCUGUGACCUCAGGAUGGAAUUUGAAACCACAACAAAUGCUUUGCAUCAAACUAAGGAAAAAUUAGAAUCAACUCACAAUGUUUUAAUGACUACUAAGAAUCAAUUAAAUGAAACUGUUUACGAUAGAGACUUGCACAAACAUUUAGUAGAUAAGCAUGUUAGUACAGAACGUACCCUCUUAAAUCAGGCGAAAACGUUGUUAAGUGUAGCUGAAACAGCAACUACUGAUACACAAAAACUGCACGAAAAAAUAAAUCGUAAAAAAAAAGUAGAAGAGGAAAAUGAAAGCUUAGGACAACAAUUCAGGCAAGAAAUGCUGCAUCGCUUCCAACAUGUGGAAGAACAUGUAGGAAAUUAUACACAAGAACUGGACAAUUUUUGUUCUGCUCUUAAGGGUCAAAUAAGUUCUGUGGCUACCCAUCAAAGUACUGGAAUUGAUACAGCAAUCAAACAUAUUUCAAAAGAUCUCGUAAAUAAAGAAAUCGCUAUAUCAGAAAAUCUGACAGAAAAUACUAACAACACUUAUGAUGAAUAUAAUUCUUGGAUACUUACACAAAUAGAGAUAGCUUCAGAUAUGAGUGAACGUGAACGCCAGGCACUUCAAAGUACUUUGGCAAAAAUAUCACCUAAAAUUCGUGAACUUGUUGAAACUAAAAUAUCUGAAAGUUUGAAAUCACUUCAUAAUGAAACGUCUUUGAAACUCAUAAAUCUUACAAACACCAUGAAAAAAUCUGUGGAUGAGUUUUGUAACACUUUACUAGUUGAUAGGGACAAUUUGAUAAAACAGAUCGAUGAAGUUAAAAAAGCUGUAGAUGUAUCUGUUAAAAAUAAAAAUCGAAUCAUGGAAAUUGAGCAAUCGUUUGAUAAGAUGUUUGCUGACAUGAAAAGUCAAAUCGUUAAUACACUUGAAAAUACAUGGAAGCAAUACGAAAAUGACAAAACAGAAAAACAACAGAGUUAUUCUAUUAUUUCAAAUAAAUUAAACGAAAUUGACGUCGCAAUCAAUAGUUCUAAUGAACAGACUAUUAAUAACUUUAAUAAUAAAGUUCAACAACAAAAAGCAAUUGAAACUAGAAUUGAGAAAAAUGUUGAAGAUAUUAGAAACGAAGUAUCGUCAACAUUAGAAGAGAAUUGGAAUUUAGCUGACAAGGCGAUCACACAAAGCGUUGAUGUAGUUAAUCUAUUAGAAGGUGAUAUCAAUGCUACUCGAUAUGCUUUACUGUCUUACAAUAAUUCGGUCGAAGCAAACGCUAUGGAAUUACGGCAUAAAAAUGAAAAACAAAAAGAGGCAAUAUUGUCUAAAGUUCAAGAAUAUCACAAAAUGGUUACGGACAUAAGUACAACCCACUCUCAUUUUAUGGAAGAACAUCGCGCUGCUGCUCAUAAUAACUACAGUGAAAUGAAUUACAAAUUAGAAAGUCAAUCAGUGGCAUGCACAGAAUGGGACAGCAAAAUUAAAUCUCAACUUCAUUCAAUACACGAAAAGGUUAAUAAAUUUGUUGCAGAAGACUUGCGUCGUGAUGUUCCAACAGGUACCACACCUGCUAGACGAGAUUUUAAUUAUCCACGCCAUUUAGCGGCUACAUCUCCGCAUGAGCGCAUAAUUAAAAGGUUCCGCGAAGUUAGAAAAGUUGUUGAAUCCUCAGAAGACGAAAGCGAAAACACAAUAACAGAUAUGAUGUCUCCUAAAGUCAACGGUAGAGAUAAUAAUAGCUUGUCAUCUCCAAUAAUCACCAACACUAAUCAUGUAACAUCCACACCUUAUAGCGAUUCUAAACUAAGAAUCCCUGUAAUACGCAAUAGUUAUAGUCUGAUCAAAUCUGCUUCAACUUCAGAUCUCCCUCUCGCCACAAAAGCUCAACUUGAUUCAUCAACUAUGUCUGAAUCAGAGGUCGUGAAGGGGCGAAACAACAAGGAGAAUGGCGAGGAAGGAUUUAUUAAACCUGAAAAACUAAGGCCAAAACGAUUGUCAAAGGUUAAAAAUGCACAGAACAGAAAAAUUCUUGGAUCGUGUAAUUAAAAGCGUUUAGAAAAUCUACAGGUAUGAAAGAAAGUUUAAAAAUAAAAUGUUUUCACUUUCUUUCUUUUUUUAGGUUACAUGUAAUUGAAAAGUAAUAUUUAAAAAAGUUUUUAAUAACUUAUAAGUCUUACUACAAAAGUAAACUACAGAUUUUAUGUUAUUUUAGUUAGCUUAUUUUCAGAGAAAAAAAUUUUAAAAACACGUACAUUUAAUUAUAUGUAUACAAUGAACGUUCUAAGCGCAUUAUUAUCCUUAUGUCAACGUUCUGUUAAUAUGAAUUUAAUUCCAAAUGUGCAAGCCGAGUGUUGACGAUAAUAGGGGAUAAGUGUUCUUUGCUUGUGUUUGAUCAAAAUUUAUGUUCAAUCCUUGAAUAUUAUUAUUUGUUCGAAUUGUUCAAUGUUUCCGUACUUUUGAAUGUGUAUAUAUAUAUGUUUGUAUGCAUACAUGGAAGCUUUCAAUGAAUAGAAUGUAUGGUGUAUGAUGGUAUAAUCAUUUUUUUUUAGGAUGAACGUUAUUCGUAUAAUUUCUAGAUUAAGCCUGUGGAUCAUACUUUUAAGGGCAUGAUGUGAAAUAAAAGUAGCGAUUUUUAUACAAAUUUGUAAAGUAUAUUAUAACGUAAAAAAGAUCAAACAUAGGUUAAUUUUCUUUUUAUAUGUGUACCUUUGUCCAAAAGUAUUGCAAUGAGGAAUUUAUUAUCGUACAAAAAUACUUUCAAUAAUUUGUAUCUUUUUUUAUUUUACUUAUUACUUAUAACAUAUUAUAAAUAUAAAACAUACACAUAAAAUUCAAUGUGAAAUUAGUUUUUUGUACAGUAAUAACAUGACAGGAUAACGCGAUAUUUUGUCAAGUCUUAAUGUCUACGCGAAAUACCGAUUGUCGUUCGAAAUAAACUUUUUCUAUGAUGUAGAAAGACACUUUCGUUUCUUUUGUAAGAUUAUAUAUAAUAAAUUCUACAGUGAAAAA